AUGAGUAACCCGGCGUUUGUGUUAAAAUCCGUGAAGAACGUCGUGUUCGAAGAAAGGCCCAUUCUUCCUGUCAUGCCCAAGGAAGUUCGUGUAAAAGUUGAACAGACAGGAAUUUGUGGAUCUGAUGUCCAUUACUGGCAAAAGGGAAGAAUAGGAAAGUUUAUCAUGAAAGAAGAAGAUACAAUGGUCUUGGGGCAUGAGUCUUCAGGAAUUGUUGUCGAAACAGGGAGUGAAGUCUCCACUUUGAAGGUUGGCGACAGAGUUGCUAUUGAACCUGGUUUUCCUUGCAGAUACUGUGACAACUGUAGAGAUGGUAAAUACAAUGCUUGUGAACAAAUGUACUUUGCUGCUACCCCACCAGAUGAUGGAACCUUACAAAAAUACUUCAAUGCUCCGUACGAUUACUGCUACAAGAUCCCAGAUCAUAUGGACAUGGAAGAGGCCGCGAUGGUUGAGCCAGUCUCAGUAGCAGUUCAAAUCUGCAAGAGAGCCAAACUCCAGGCAGUAGACAAUGUUCUCGUGUUUGGUUGUGGCCCAAUCGGAUUAUUGUGCCAGGCAGUUUCGAAAGCGUAUGGCUGUAAAAAAGUUAUUGGAAUCGAUAUUUCCGACGGAAGAUUAGAAUUUGCCAAAACCUUUGGAGCGGACUCCGUUUACAAGAUGCCAAUGAGGAAGGAGACUCAAGGAUUUGAAGAGUUUGCCAAAACAGUUGCUCAAGAUAUCAACUCUAAAUUUGGAUUUGAGCAGGGUGCAGAUGUGAUUUUAGAGGCAACUGGUGCUGAACCUUGUAUGGCUGUUGGUGUAUACGCCAGCAAGUUUGAAGGAAGAUUCGUUCAAGCCGGAAUGGGAAAAGAAUUCUGCAGCUUUCCUGUUACUGAUGCCUUGAUCAAACAACUUCUGUGGACAGGCUCAAUUAGAUAUUCCACUGGAGUUUAUCCUACUGCUGUAGAAUUAGUUGCCUCUGGAAAAGUGGAUGUUAAGAGAUUGAUUACCAAUAGGUUCAAGUUUGAAGAAGCAGAAAAGGCUUUUGAACUAGUUCAUGAGGGACGCACUGACGUUAUAAAGGUGAUUAUUGAAGGAGUCCAAGAUUAG